CCAGCGAAAGCGCAGCGUCGCAACCCCUCUCGGCCUAUCCAAAAGCUGCUCAAAGCGCAUCAUCAGCCUGCAUUACAAAGCACAGACGCAGCACUCGCCAUGUCGUCGCAAGCCCAAGCCGUUCCCACCGCCAUGUCGGCGACCGGCCUCCGCCAUCUCGCCACGAUCGAGUACAGCGACCUCUUCACUAUCCUCGCCACGACCGACCGCGCCCGGUUCCCCGAGGCACGCUCGGCGUACUCUCUGAAGACCGCGCCCGCCAAUGCGCCGCCCCUGGCGCCGUCCAGCCCACGGUCCCGAAGGCUCCUUGGGCGUGGAUCCAAGGGGUCGUUACCCAGUGACGACGAGGCCACGCUCGUCAACGACGAACUGGAGCAGCUGCUCAAGCUUGGAAAAGAGAAGCAGGCCUCUGUUGCAGCCGAGAUCAAGCUGAUCGAUGCCAAGAAGCACCGGCAGCCGAGUGCGGCGUCGGUUUCCAGGCAACGAUCUCCAGCCCCCUCUCCCCUUCGUGAUUCCGUCCCCCAGCCAAAGCCCCAAACCGACACAGCCCCCGAGCCCGCUGUCACGGAAAGAGACCAAGUGUUUUCGCAUUACGUGGCGAAGAUUCGGGAACACUACACCAUCGAGUCCUUCCGCGAUACCAUAUGCGACAUCCUCGAAGAGUCGCAGAAAGGGUAUCGCCCGCUGGCGGAAGGCAUGCCCGCUCCUGUGCCGUCCGUAUCCGUAUCCGUCGUCGUCUGUGAGGACACGGAAAACGGUGGCACCACUGCGUUCUCGAGCUCGUACAGCGAAGAGCCGGAAGCGCAGAGCUACGUGGCACCAAAGAGGCUCUGCAUCUCGGGUCCCCUCCCCGAGCCAAACCAGGGAGGGACCGCGGCGGAAAAAUUCAACCGAAAACAGCUCUUGCUGGACCUGGUGGCGUGCGCCUUGCCGCACAAGACGAGCCCGCAGUGGAAGAAGGUGAAGCUGAACCUUGGAAAGCCAAAGGCUUGGCUCAGGGCGGCGACCUCGAGGAAACGGGAGUUGUCGGACGUGGACUAGGACAGAAGGGCGGACCUCGAGGAGAGACGACGAACAUACAAACGGCCGCACAAGACAUGGUCUGGCCUAGACGACGAUCUGCGGCGCGCACCUGAUACAAGUCAGCUGUCGCGUCCACCGAGACAGGGCUCUCCCGGCACAGUCCAGUGGCGCUGUGCGCAGGGCUAACCGGGAAAGCCUUCGGUGCUGCACCGAAAGGGGAAGAAUCAGGAGAGACCUGGAGGGACUAUUGGACUAUUGUACUCUUGUUUGUUGGACCCUGCUCGCAAAUGUUGGCGAGCGUGGUUCGUUGUACGCAUUCAUAUCUGCUUGCUCGUACCUGCUUCGUCGGGCAUGAAU